CAGUUCUCUGUUCAUACGAACAAAGUUAAAUUAAAAAAUAUAUUUAUAUAUUAUACAGUUUAAGAGGAUAAGAACCAAGCAAAUAUAAAACCAAGCCAAGGUCUAGUCUUCAUAAUAAAAAAAACUCACUGGUUUCUGUUUUAGAGAAGAGCUCAUGGGGUCUCUAAUGGCAGGAUGGGAUUCAAGCUUCCAGGAUCCUGAGCAAGUUACAUAUCAGAGGAACAAAUCACUGACAAAAGAUGAGAUUGCUGCAUACUGGAAAUCAAUGAAUAAACCUGAAGAAAAUAAUGAAAACCAGAAUAUGCAUGGAGGAUCAACGCAGGAGUUGAAGAGAUCACACUCAUUGCCUCUGACUGAUAAAAUGAAAGCUUCACUGAUCCCUGGAUCAAAGGAUGAUGGUGAUGAAAAGUUAAGCAGGAUUAAUUGCUGGUGGACAAGAAGCAAGUGGGCAUUUCUGAACGAACCCCCAGUAAUGGCUACCGAAGGUACUCAGAAAUAUGCGGCACAGUUUCAUGUUGCAACCUAAGCUCUUGACGUACAAACUAGGUAAGGAUCAUGAUAAUGUGAUACUUAGUAUUGAGUCUACUAAGGUUGGUGUAGCCUGUGUAAAUAUUACUGUUUUGGUGUAUCAGAGAGUGAGAGAUGUCAUAUAUGGGUUCCGUGUCGGACCUCAAACAUAUAUUAAUCUUAGAAAGAGAUGUAACAUAUAGAAAGAGAUGUAAUAUAUAAGUAUGAAGUUAUUAUCUGUA